GGUUGUUGUUGAGGGUUGGUUCCCUUGAUCAAAGAUUCUUCAGAGUACCAAACGGUUUGAUGCUAACUGUUAUACCCCAUGGAGUCUUACACAACAUACCCUCCAAAGCUAACCGCUGAUCGCUUACGUGAGCUCAUGGGAGACUCACGAGGAAGGAGUAAGGAAUUAAAGCUAUCUACGUUGCAUAAUGAAAAUUAUGAACCAAAACCGAGAUCCUCAAGACUGAAUGGUGUUUGUUGCUGCAAGAAAACGUUUUAAAUUAAUGUUUCGUGGUCUGUCAUCGCCAGCUUCAUGUAAAAGCCAUGUGAAAUGAUAGACGGAGGCGGAACUUUGGACCUUGCAGAAUGGCCAGUGCCUUUGUUCCUGUGGACUUAGACAAACUUUUAGAUGAAUUUGAGGAAAAGGAGCAAGAACCAAAACCAGAUCAAACCAGUGCAGUCAAAGUGCCAACUGUGGACAGAAAGCGAAUAGCUACACAGAGUUUCCAGUCACCAUUCCCUUCAAUCCAGGAAGAGGUAUUGUCUGAUCAGGAAUCUGAAAAAUAUCCUGAUGACAGCAAGAAUGACAUUGAUGAUGACAGUGAUGAUAGUAGUAGUAUUAAUGGACUGAUUAAAGCAGCUGAAGCUAUAACUGAUCAAAAUGUGGUUGGAAAGACUUUAAGAGAUGAACUAGAAGAACUGGAGGAAAGUGUGGUUUACACACCUAUUGAUAAUACUUGGCACGAAAAUGCACAGAACACUUCUGAGAGUGUCCACUCUGCUGGGCAGUUUGACUUGAAUGGUGUGGAGGAUACACACUACAAUGCCAGCUCACGUGAUAAUGAAGAGAGCUUAAUGACAACUCUAGCAAGCAAUGAAGGAGUAUCUGAUGGCCAGGAAGCAAGUAGUAAUAAUUUUGAUCAUAAAGAUGAACAAAUUAGUAACAAUGAUGAGUCAGCUUUAGACUCUGCAGUGGCAGCAAAUGGUGUUGCUGAACAUGCACAAGAUGUAGAAUUUAUGGGCUGGAUUGAAGAUACAUCCAGAGACAACUCAGAACAGCCUGGAAAUGAUGAGGCUAGCCUGUGUGUUGCUAAUGAAUUUGUUGUUUCAGAACAACAAGAAACUCAUGAACAAUUUAUGAACAGCACUGUUUUGCAUCCCCAAGAUGGUGGUAUGUCUGUCUAUGAUGUAAAUUUAACAUCAUAUGACCAAGUGCAAAGUGAAAAUCUUCUUGAACCUGGAUUGUCCAUUGUGCCAGUAGUUGAUGCAAAUUUUGAAACUUACCCUUCAGAUUCUGAUCAAAGUCAUAUUGUAGGAACACAGGAUUUUUAUACACAGAAUGAGAAUGCGGAUUCUGGCACCUCUUUUCAAACUGAGCCUUCAAUGACAAAUUCAUAUAAUUGUAAUUCAGAACAGGAGAGUUUUGACACAGGCAAUCAGCCUGGUCAAGUUGAACAUGAAGAAGCUGCACAGUCUCCUGUAUUAACCAUGUCAUUACAGUCUCACGGAGCAGUAGAGGCUCGCCGCAUCACCUCAGGAGAAGCUUGUCUUGGUAGAGUGCCACCCCUAUGGGUGCCUGACUCUGUGGCUACUCACUGUAUGAACUGUGGGUUGAAAUUUAGUGUUCUGAAGAGGAGACAUCACUGCAGAGCUUGUGGAAAGGCUCUGUGUUCAUCUUGCUGUAAUAUGAAGUUUGUUUUACCUUACCUGGACAAUAAGGAAGGUCGAGUUUGCCAAGUCUGCUGCAAUGCCCUCUUAAGAGCUCAGGCAUUAUCAGAAGUGAUGGAAAGCCAAGAGGAUGACAAUCUCAGAAAUCAUUUUGACAGUGUGCCAGAUGAUUUGCUCACAGAAGAUGUUUUAGAAGAACAUGAAGACUUACCAGCUGACCAGCAAGAGGUCUCUGAAGGUGCAGAGGCCAUAGGGGAUGAACUUGAUUCCACAGAGUUACCCAGCCCAGGAGUGGAUAUGGCCACAAGACCAUCUUCCUCUCCCCCAGUUCUUCCUCCUCUACAAAUCCCAGUGCUACCACCCACAGAUGCACCUAACACUCCAUUAUCCACACCAGCAUCCCCUGCUCUGUCUGACGACAGUGAUUGCUUGUUUCGAUUGGAUGUUGAUAAUGUGCGGUCAUUGUUGCCACAAGAUAUAACUACACUGCCACCAGUUUUGAGGGUUACAAAUGAAGAGAUAUCAAUUCAAGAAAGACCUGAUCCUGCAGAAAUCAUGUAUCAACUGAAAGGUCUUCAUGAAACUGUUGUAUUCCUGCUGAAUAAGAACUUGGUUGUCAAAGUCACUUUAGUGAAAUUGAGCUGUUGUGUGAAGCGCAAAUGUUGGUGUUUUGUUACAGAAGGAAUGGGGGCAGCUAACCAAGAAGAAAUGGUGGUCCUGUUGGAGUGUCAUCGUAAAGAGACAAUGCUUCCAAAGGAUGUCCUUUCACACUUCAAUACAGCCUUUGCAUAUGCAAAACAAGGUCACACUGUGUCUGAACUUGGCUACACAAUUUUUGGUCAACCAUUUCUUGGCAGUAGUGACAAUGCAGGCUUUCUAUAUGUAAAACCAUCAUUUCAGUGUUUGAAGAACAUCCCUGUUCCUUCCACUCCUUAUGUCAUAGGAGUGUUAAUAAAACGCCUGGAAUCACCAUGGGCCCAACUGUUUCCUUUAAGGCUGCAGCUAAGACUUGGAGCAGAGUUUAGAUAUUAUCCCUGUCCAUUAUUCAGUUCAAGAAGCAGAUCAACAGUAUAUGGUGAAGUUGGACAUACAAUCAUGAAUCUGUUAGCAGACUUCAAGAAUUUCCAGUAUACAUUACCAAGAGUGACAGGGCUUCUCAUACACAUGGAAGAAAAGAAGACUUUAGUUAGACUGCCACAAGACAGAUAUGAUGAGGUGGUAAAGAUUCUCAAUGCCACUGAUGAGCAUGUCAUGGCUCUUGGAGCCAACUUCAGCUUAGAAGCAGACUCACAUCUGGUCUGUAUGCAGAGUGAACAAGGCUAUAAAACCCAAGCCAUCAACAUACAGAAUCAAGCCAGGAAAGUAACUGGAGCAAGCUUUAUUGUCUUCAGUGGGGCGCUAAAGCCAAGCAGUCCAUUCAUGGCAAAAGUCAACAUUGUGGAAGAUGGCAUUAUGGUUCAAUUGACGCCAGAAAUGAUUGAAAAGUUACGACAUUCUUUGAAAGAAAUGCAGGAUUAUUCAAUUACUACAGGGGUUCCAGGUGGGGCUGGUGAAGAACAAGUCAUUGUGGAAUGGGCCAGUCGUCAAAGUGCUUCACAGCAAGCCAGUUUGAACAGUCCAAUAGAUGGUUUACAGCUAGGUUCUUUUCCAAGUGUCAAGGUUCACAGUGGAUGUGACUUCACACGCAAGAAUGUAUUUAGGAUACAAUGGACAGAGGUGUUCUUUUUAGGUGAAGGACAACAGAGUGCAUCACGGGACCUUAAUAAACUCACUGGAGAGCUGGCCAAGGCUUUUUGCCAGACACUCAUGCCACACUUGUCUAAAAUGAGCUCAGAUGGAUUCACCUUUGUUGGACUGAGAGUAAAUUUGGAUCCUGAUAAUGUUGGUUAUCUUGCGGGAAGCAAUCAGCAGCACCUCCCAGCUAAUGUUAUGGUGGAUCUUGACAAUGUUUUAGUUCCUGUGAUACAUGCUGCUGCAAAUCACCAAAGAAGGCAUUCUUUAAGUGCAGAGUUGUUGUUUAAAGUUUUGAGGCUGCUUUGACAGACAUCAGCAACAAUUCCUUAGUAGCCAUGUUGGUUACCUCAUGAACAAGAAGCAACCCAAAGACAGGAAGAGGUUGAAGGAGCUUUUCAGAGUACUCAAGAAGAUUUGGCAGAAAAAGCAGAAAAUAAAUACGAUAUCUGUAAUAAUGUUCUUUUCAAAUGUAAAUUGGAUUUUCUUGGGCUGUGGAUUAAUUUAUUUGAAACACAGCAAGAGAUAUUGCUGAUUCAAACAACUUUUUAAUACUGUAACUUAAAGUGAAAUUAUAAAGUUUGUUCAAGCAUGAAUCUGAUGGAACAGGAUAUUCUUGUGUACAGUGUGCAAUAUAAGAUUAUCAGAAACUUCACUUCUUCAUAUUUGGUUCUAUGCAUGGACUGAAAAAUAUAUAGCAAGAUUGGUGUAACACACUUGGCAUAUGGUAGUCAUUUUAAAUCAUGGUAUUGAUGAAAUAUACUGUCUGGCACAAGGUAAACUUGUUGAUCUUUUAUUAUUUAUGACAUCAGUUCCACUAGCUCACCAAUAUGCCAGUUGAUAACAUGCAGUAAUUCUUGAAUUACAAAUUGGUAUAAUUUAUUUGAUAAGUUAUUUUGAUUAUGAUGAUUUAAAAUGAUAACAUGCAGUACUUCUUGAAGUAUAAACCUGGUGUAUUUGUGGCACUUGUCCAGCUCUGGUCCAUGUUCACAAUAAUUUUUUUUAACAAUUACAUUUUCAUCAAGGAUCUAGUUUUCAUACUUCAAAGAUUUAAAACAAUUUUUUAGAA